CUUAACCAUAUGGCGAACCACGGCCUUAUGUCCUGUUUAUGUGAUAUAUUGGUACUCCUGAAGUAUGCACACCGAGAUGUCGCAUAACCUAAACCCUAACCUGGUACACAACCUGAAUCCAGGUUGUGCGCCAUCUUGGUGCGCAUACUUCAGGAGGUCCGAUUAUAUUAAUAUCACUGUUGGAUAUUGUGACACAAUUCAAUAAUUCUAUUAUACUGUGUGAUUUAACUGCUGUUGAUGGACGGGUGCAUAGCCUACUUGUACGUUUUUAAUUUUAUCUCAAGUAAUGCCCGACUUCGAGGUAACUGCAGGUUUUGUCUGUCUGUUGUCAUACUGUUUUAUGCCAGAGCAGCCAAAAUAAAAUUUAUUGAUGAAUAACUUAAUUUUAGUGAUAGCAAUAGUGAUUCUAUUGACUGAUAAAAUAAUAUUUUUGGGAUAUUAUAUAAUUAUUCCAGCUGCUGGUGUGCCUAUAUACCUCAUCUUCUUCAGGCUUGUGUGGAAAAAUGAUUUAUCAGAAAGUUUCAGGCAGUGCUUGGAUAUUGUCAUCAAUGACUAAUCUUCAAACAAUUUCUGGGAUUUGUAUGAGAUCUAUUUGCAGUACACACAGUCUAAAUGCAUCUACAAAUAAAUCGCUAAAUUAUUUUCAAGCAUAUCGAUCAAACAUAAACAAUAGUGCAAAUACAACCAGUGCACCUUUGGCUCAAGAGAUACGAUCUUUUUUACAAACUAAGAAUCUCAAUGCACAAUCGGGACCAACAUGCUUCAAAUGUGAAAAUGUUUUUCCAAAGCCGAAAGUUAUCGGCAGACCAAGAAAAAGUGCAACAUCGAAUCAGACUCUAUUCAUAAAUAAAACAACUGGAGAUUUUUUCUGUGUUGAUUCAGGUCAUAGUGGUUCAUGGAAUGACUUCCGUGACUAUAUGAAGAAUCCGCUGCUUACUAGGUCUAGUUUAGACUUUGACACCAAGUCUAGUGAAGAAAUAAGUGAUUCAGAAGGACUAAAGAAAAUAUGGGAAGAUUCGGUUUCUCUGUCUGAAUGUGCUGAUUUAACAUGUGAAGAAACUUUAUGUAAAUUUGGAUUAGAUGUCAUAACAUUGAGUGAUUUAGAGUCUUAUGAUAUAAGAUUUAACAAAAAUUUGGAUACUGUUAUUGUUCCGUGGUUCUCAAACUUGAUUUCGACACGAAAUUCAAAGCAAGAAUCAAGAGGGACACCUAUUGGUUUAAAAACAUUUUCUUUGUCCAACGGAAGCGAACCAUGUGAAGUAUCUCGUCUUCCAAGAAAAGGAUACUAUAACAUGCUCGGUAUAGAACAAGUUCCAGUAAAUUCGAAAAAAAUUGUGCUGACAAUGAACGAGUUUGAUGCAAUUGCAGUAAACUUUGCAAGCACACAAUAUAAAGCCAUUUCAUUACCAUCGGGCAACACUUACCUGCCUUUGCAAGUUUUGCCAUAUUUGGAGCAAUUUUCAGAAAUCAUCAUUUGGUUCAAUAACAACCAAGUUUCUUGGGAAGCUGGACGACAAUUUUCAAAGAAAUUGGGUGAAAAUAGGUGCCGUAUAGUGAGACCCACCGCUGGUACGCCAAAUCCUCUUCAGGCUUUGUCGAAAAAUUUGGAUUUAGAUGGAAUUAUAUCUUCAGCAGUGUCAGCUGAAAUAAAGAAUAUAGUAUCAUUCAUCGACCUUCGUGGUUUUGUGAAAGAUGAGCUGAUGAACUGUGACACUGUAUGUGGUGUACCAUGGACCCGAUUUACAAAGUUAACAGAAAAGUUGAAAGGUCAUAGAAGAGGUGAAUUGACCGUGAUUACUGGGCCUACAGGAAGUGGGAAAACCACAUUUAUGAGUGAAUAUUCUUUGGAUCUUGCUAUGCAAGGAGUUUCAACUUUAUGGGGGAGUUUUGAAGUACAGAAUGUGAGACUUUUGAAAACUAUGAUGAAACAAUUCGCAAGAAGGAAACUGGAAAAUGAAAUGUCUGAUUUUGAGCAUAUCAGUGAUAAAUUUCAAUCUGUACCAAUUCAUCUGAUGACAUAUAACGGUCCUCAAAGUAUGAAAGAUGUCAUCCAUACAAUGCGCCAGGCAGCUUAUGUUCAUGACAUUCAACAUAUAGUUAUUGACAAUCUUCAAUUUAUGAUGGGAGCGAUGCAGAAAAAUAAUGAUAGAUUUAUGGUACAAGACAUGCUCAUCAGUGAAUUCCGUAACUUUGCUACUACUGAACAUAUUCAUGUAACUUUAGUCAUUCAUCCUCGCAAGGAAGAUCCCAGCAUUCCUUUGCAAAUUUCAUCAAUAUUUGGAACAGCAAAGGCUACACAAGAGGCUGACAAUGUUCUGAUUCUUCAACAAGUAAGAUCUGUCAAAGAUGGAAAUGCUUACAAGAAAAGCUACAUAGAGCUGGUAAAGAACAGAUAUGAUGGGGAAUUGGGAACUGUCGCAUUGUAUUUUGACAAAAGCAAUUUGUGCAUGUCUAAACCUAUAACAGAUAAUAAAUGUGGAAUAGGUUUAAAACUCGAAUUGGAUGAAAAUGAAGUUCAGUUGAAUGGUGGUGGAAUCUAUUCUCAAAGUGAAAAACCUAUAUCCGAUGAGGUAUUGGAUACUCCUGAAUGGAUAACAAAUUUGGAACAGGGAAAGUGAAUUGACAACUUUGCAUAAGUGAAUGCUGUAAGCAGCACCUAUAGAUAACCCAUGCAAAAAGUUGUUCUCCUUCCAAUUUUUUAAUUGUGGGAAGAAUCAGAAAAAAAAGAGGUGCCAUCAUGCAAAGAGAUAAAUUUGCUCUAUAUGAAGCUCCUACAUUAGUUAGUAAUGCAGAUUCCAAUGAAGAACAUUGGAAGGGAGAAGAGAUUGAUGAUUCUGGGAGUCCUGAUGCUAUACUGAAUCAGAGAUUGCAUUAGGCACGGCCAUAGGUCAUUUAGUACAGUCUCUGAGCAAGUUUACCUUGAAUACCGUGGUCAGCUUUUGUCUGCAUCACAAUGAAAAAAAUAGGAAAACCGGAAACUGAGAGAUCAGGCAGUGCUGAUUGGCGAACUGGGAUGAAAUGAGUUACUUAGAUUAGACAUUAGGCUCUAUCUUCACACCCGCUUAAUGAAACUGGGUGAAAUGUUACUAUUGUAUACUUUUGUAUGUUUUAUUGCUAAUGCGUUAUCAAAAAGUAUCUGAAAUUCCAAACCUAAGUUCUGCGCCUGAACGAUCCUUCUGACGAAUAUGGUCCUUAGAAUCGGGCGGCUGUGUUUCGAUUUUCGAAUGUGUGGACUAGCACAUAUUCUUUAUCCUAUAUCUUACCAUAGUCGUACACACCAGAACAAACUGCCAUUACGAUUAUCUUCAUGUUUUGCUGGCAUGUAAUCUGCCAUUUCAUAUUUUUUUACUGCCUUUUCUUGUUUCUCAAUCAUAUCUUGCCAUCGAUCAUGACAUGAAUAAAUCAAGAUACUUUCUUCA